UCUCUCUCUCUCUCUCUCUCUCUCACACUCACAAACACAAAUACACUGUUCACUCUCUCUCUUCUCUUCGCUCUCUCUGCUUUCUGUGUCUCUCUGCUGCAAGCCGACGACAGACUCCGCGCUGGCAAAGAUUCCCUUCUUUCCCUCUCCCUUCUCCUUUUCCUUUUCUCUUAUCUUCCGAACCACAAACCCUAAGCUCGAAAUUUUCCCGAGAAACAAACAGACACUAAGCCAACGGCUACCGGAAUCCAAUCCCAAUCCCAAUCCCACCGUCAUGUUUCAGCUGAUCUCGACUUAACCCACUACCUAUUUUCCACCGUGGACUGAUAAAGUUGCCUUCUUUUUCCGCCCGAUGGGCUGCACGAGCUCCAAGCUCGACGAUCUUCCGGCCGUCGCCUUAUGCCGGGAGCGCUGCGGCUUCCUCGACGAGGCGAUUCACCAGCGCUACGCCUUCGCCGAGGCCCACAUCGCUUAUAUACACUCCCUCAGAGGAAUCGGCCGCUCUCUCCAUCUAUUCAUCGAACAGGAGGUGGGCAAUUCAUCCGGAUCGCCGCCCUCCCCCCACCUCAACCUCCCGCCGGCCCGAAAAGGCCAGACUAAAUCCUCGCCGCCGCGGCACUCUCACUCGAAUUCUAAUUCUGGGUCCCAUCUCCACUUUCACUCCGAUUCCGACGACGAUUCCGGCUCGCUCCACCGCUCCGACCUCUCGUCGCCCCUGCACGAUACUCACCACGGCGGUCAUAUUGAUUAUAUGGAGGGCGGCGUCCAGGAGGGUUUCAAUUCGUACCCAGAUGGGUUUAUGCGCAUGAAUUACAUGAAGAACAAAGCGACGCCUUCUGUGGUGCAUCGGCAGAAACCCGUGAACCCCGAAAAAGUGUAUCAAUUGGGUGAAUCUUCUUCUUCUUCUAAUCCGUAUUAUGGAUACCAAAACUCAAAUUUUUAUCCAGAUGCUGUCUCUAAUCCUUAUUCCGAAUACGGCGGUGGGUUUAACAAUUACAACGGCGGGGGUGGUGGGUAUAAUUAUGGUGGCGGGGGUGGUGGGUAUACCAAUUACGGUAAUUCUUCUCCGCCCGUCCGUUACGGAGCACCGUCGCCACAGGCCCCAGCUUCGAGUUCGUCCAAGCCGGCUCCUCCGCCGCCACCUUCACCGCCAAGAGCUUCAGCUUGGGAUUUCUUAAACCCAUUCGAGGCUUACGAAAAGUCCUACUCUGUUUACACUCCGAGUCGGGACUCAAAGGAGGUGAGAGACGAAGAGGGAAUUCCGGAAUUGGAAGACGAGGGGUACCAGCAGGAGGUAGUGAAGGAGGUGCAGAGGGACCACAAGCAUGUGGUGGAUGGCGGGAGGCAUUCCAAGGCUGUUCUGGACGAUGAGGCAGCUGAAACGCAGCCCCCCUCCCUUUAUCAAGCUCGGCCGAGUGUUGGGACCGAUGGCGGUGGGGUAGAGUAUGAAGUCCCUGUUGUGGAGAAGAAGAUUGUGGAUGAGGAGGAGAGGCGCGAGGACCGUGGCAAUGGCGGAGAUGCAGCUAAAGCUCGACCAGGGUCUCGAGAUGCUUUUGAAGUUGCUCGAGAGAUUGAGGUCCAGUUUCAGAGAGCUUCGGAGUCGGGGAACGAAAUUGCCAAGAUGCUCGAGGUGGGAAAGCUUCCGCAUAAUCGAAAACAUGUUUCUUCCAAGAUGAUGUCUUUAGUCUCUUCGCAACCUUCUACUAGCGCUGAGCCAUCGACCUCAGCUGGAGUGGCUGCUCCUGCCCCGUUGGGGUUCGAUGAAGAAUUGAUGUUGAGGUCCAAAAAUCUCUCUUCCACCUUACACAAGCUAUAUCUUUGGGAGAAGAAACUCUACAAUGAAGUAAAGGCUGAGGAAAAGAUGCGGGUGAUCCAUGACAGGAAGGUUCGUAAGUUGAAGCAUUUAGAUGAAAGGGGCGCAGAAGCUCAUAAAGUUGAUAAAACUCGAACUUUAACAAGGGGUCUGUCCACAAAAAUCAAAAUUGCAAUUCAAGUGGUAGACAAGAUAUCUGUGACUAUAAAUAAGAUCAGGGAUGAAGAAUUAUGGCCGCAACUAAAUGAAUUGAUUCAGGGGUUAACCAGGAUGUGGAAAUGUAUGCUCGAAUGUCAUAGUAGCCAGUGCCAAGCGAUUAGAGAAGCCAGAGGUUUAGGUCCUAUCGGAUCUGGAAAAAAGCUUAAUGAUGUUCAUCUUGAUGCCACAUUGCAGCUGGAACAUGCGCUUAUUAAUUGGACUUUCAGAUUCUCUACUUGGAUUAGUGCACAGAAGGGAUAUGUACGAGCGUUGAACAAGUGGCUUUUAAAAUGUCUUCUGUAUGAACCAGAAGAAACAGCAGACGGAAUAGUUCCCUUUUCACCUGGUAGGAUAGGUGCACCCCCAAUUUUCGUAAUAUGUAACCAGUGGUCACAGGCUUUGGAGAAUGUAUCGGAAAGGGAGGUGGUUGAGUCAAUGCGUAUUUUCACCAUGAGUGUGCUUCAGACUUGGGAACAAGAUAAGCUUGAAAUGCGUCAGAGGAUGGUGGCAAACAAGGAUCAGGAGAAACAAGUUAAGAACUGGGAUAGAAAAGACCAAAAAAUACAGAAGGAAAUUCAGGCAUUAGACAAGAAAAUUGUGCUAGCAUCAGGGGACGGUGACGGUCUCUCGGUUGCUGGACAGAUUGUAUAUCAGAGUGACACUAGAAAUAGUACUUUACAGGCUAGUCUGCAACGCAUUUUUGAGGCGAUGGAAAGGUUCACUGAUAGCUCUACAAAAGUAUAUGAGGAGCUUUUGCAACGUAAUGAAGAAGAAAGGCUUGCCAGAGCAGGUGAGAGAGUUUCGUAGGGCUCUGCAGUUCGAUGGAGUUACGACCAUCCCCUUUCAGCCAUCUAGGUGAAGGAUUUGGAAGCUCUUUGAGAAAAUUGCAUUCCUUGGAGAAAGCUUUGCCUCCACUCUUCGCCUGUAAUAGCUGAGUAAGCCAUACUUGUGGGCCUGUGGCUUUACAUCGACGGUGCAAGAUGGUUGACUCUACAGUUUUAAUUUAAUGAGACAGCCAGCACAGUUGAUUCACAACUUACACAAGCUAAAGACGAAGGGCAAGCCCAAGGUAAGUUAUGGCCGAU